AUGGCUUCCCGUUACGAGGCCGAAGUGGUGAUCUCAUCGGCGAAAGACCUCAAGAACAUCAACUGGCGCCACGGCCCGCUCCGCCCAUACGCCGUCGUCUGGGUCGACCCGAACCAGAAAUCGUCCACCCGGGUCGACGAGGAAGGCGACAAUUCCCCCCUGUGGGACCACACCCUCGUCAUCCCGCUCCCGCCGGGCCCGAUCGACUCCCACACGCUCCACAUCGACGUCGUCCACGCCGGCCGGGAGGAGGACACCAAGCCGCUCAUCGGAUCGGCCAAGCUCCCUCUCCGUGACGUCAUCGACGAGGCCGGCGGCGUCGGCAGCGGGGAGCGGGUCAAGCGAUCGUUGACCCUCAAGCGCCCUUCCGGCAGGCCUCAGGGGAAAAUCGAGGUGAAGGUCGCGGUGAGGGAGCCGAUUUACCAGGCGCCCGACGCGCGCUACGCGCCCCCUUAUGGAUACGGGGUUCCCGUGUCGCGCGAUCCUUACGCGCCGGGUCCUCCAGCGGGUUACGGGGCUCCGUACGGGGGACCGCCUAAUUACGGGUACGGGGCACCGGUUCCCCAGCCUUACUACGCCGCGGCGGCUCCGCCGCCAAGCGGGUAUCCGGUGGGGUACGGGAGCGGCGGGGGGUACGGCGCUCCGCCGCCGACGGCGGCGUACGGGCAGCCGAGCUACGGAGGUGGGUACGGGCAGAAUCAAACGGGCUAUGUGCAGGAGGAGAAGAAGAAGGGUAAGUUCGGCGGGAUGGGGACCGGAUUGGCUGUGGGCGCGGUAGCCGGAGCUCUGGGUGGGAUCGCAUUGGUGGAAGGGUUUGAUGCUUUGGAGGAUAAGAUCGCCGACGACGCGGCGGAGAAGGUGGAGGAUGACUUGGGAUACGACGACGAUGAUUUCUAG